AUGGCUGAAAAUUCAUCAUCCUCAACUCUUACUACUCUACCUUCUUCUUCCUCAAUCUCAACUGUCCUUCCCAUAUCCUUUCCAACUAUUCCUAUCAAACUCAACCGCAGGAACUGCCUGUAUUGGAAAGGAGUAAUGACUCCAUUGCUCACUAUCUAUGGACUUCUUGAUUACGUCGAAGGCAGAGUCGUGGCACCAGAGAGAACAACUACUGGAACAGAUGGAGCAUCACAGAAGAAGUCGGGGGUGACAAUCCGCUUUGCCAAGACCUCUCAUGAAGCCUGGACGUCCUUAGCCACCGCAUUCCUGACCCAAACUGCAGCUCAGGAAGAUCUUCUUGAUCAACAGUGGCGAGACCUAAAGAAAGGGGACCAAUCAAUGGCUAAAUACAUCGGCUCAGUAAAGGAACAAGCUUUGAAAUAUGCUCAGAUAGGAAAACCGAAAUCACCUGCUGCAAUCAACAGACGCAUCUACACGGGUCUUGGUCCCGAUUGGGAACCAAUCGUUCUCACCCAGUCGGACAGAAUGCUCACGAUGAGCACUGACGAGCUCCAGUCCCUCCUAGUCGGCCAUGAGGAGAGAGGCCUCUACACAGCGGCUCAGAAUUCGCAGAUAGCAACACCCUCUCUAGCCCCUCUAUUGGGAAUCCUCGGUUCAGCUCUGGUUGAAAUCCACUAUACUAGUGGCCGCGAGAAUUAG